AUGCUGCCUCCCGACUUCUUCCAGAAUAUCCCCCAGAUCUCCACCCGCCGCGCCCUGCUCGUCCUCGACCUCCAGAACGACUUCGUCUCCCCCGACGGCGCCCUCUUCGUCCCAAACACCCCGGAGUUCCUCGCCCGCAUCCCCGACCUCGCCUCCCACUUUCGCUCCUCCGGGAAGGUCAUCUGGGUGCAGACCCUCUUCACCCGUCCCCGCGACAUCUUCAGCCCGGCCGCCGGCGGCGACGUCGCCCUCGUCAGCUCCGACAGCUCCAGCGACCCAGAGGCCUUCCUCGCUGAACACCAGCAACACGCCAACCCUUGCUGCCUCCCGGACUCCGCCGGCGCCCAGUUCCCCCCCGCCAUCCUCUCCGCCAUCGACUCCCGCGCCGACACCGUCCUCGUCAAGUCUGACUACUCCGCCUUCCAGUCCCCCAACGUCCUCCUCUCCUUUCGCUCCCAGUUCAUCACCGAGAUCUACAUCUGCGGCGCCCUGUCCAACGUCUCUGUCUACGCAACCGCCCUCGACGCCGUGAGGAAUGGCUUCACCGUCACGCUCGUCGAGGACUGUCUGGGCUUCCGCCGCUUCUCCAAACACAGAGACGCCCGGAGACGCAUGACCGAGCUCCUAGGCGUCUACACCGUCAAUAGUGCAGAGCUGUUGAGAGAAGGGGAGGGGGAGGGGGAGAUGGGACCCCUUCGCCCCGACCUGCCCGCCGAAACGACAACAACAACAACAACAAAAGAGGGCAUCGCUCCGUCACAGACUAUCGAGGUCGAUGACGCUGAGCCCCCCUCUCCCCUGCUAUCGAGAGCCCUCCGCCGUCUGCGGACAGAUGAAGACGACGACGCUCACAUCAACGUGGACCAGAACCAGAACCAGAACCAGAACCAAGACCGGAACCCACCCCGCUCCUACAGUCACACAACCAGGGCGAGGCCCGCCAGACGGCAGAGGACUUCCGCGGUCCCUACCCUCGGCCCCGGUGACACCAUUGGCUCGGGAGACUCAAAGGUCAUUUACGACCUGCCUCUCCCAGAGAACUCCUUCCGGAAGCUCCGGGACGAGGUGAACUGGCAGAAAAUGUACCACAUGUCCGGCCAGGUUCCCCGGCUGGUUGCAGUCCAGGGUGCCGUUCAAUCUGACGGGUCAAUUCCCAUCUACCGACACCCUGCAGACGAGUCACCUCCACUGCUUCCCUUCACCGCGACCGUAGACGCGAUUCGAGAAAUCGUCGAAAAACACCUUGGACACCCGCUGAAUCACGUUCUGAUCCAGCUCUACCGCAGCGGAGAAGACCGGAUUUCUGAGCAUUCGGAUAAAACCCUCGACAUCGUCCGCGGCUCGUCCAUCUGCAAUGUCAGCCUCGGCGCCCAGAGGGUCAUGACUCUGCGAACAAAGGCUUCCGCGACCCCGCGUUCGGAAUCUGGAGAUGCCGGUCGCCAGUCCCAGCGGGUUCCGCUGCCCCACAACUCUCUCUUCAUCCUGGGCGAGACUUCCAACAUGAAGUGGCUACAUGGAAUCCGCCAGGACAAGCGUCCGGAAUCCACCAAAGGCCCCGAAGAACUGGCCUUCAAUGGAGAACGGAUCUCCCUGACCUUCCGGCAUAUCGGCACCUUCAUCAACCCCGAGCUGGAUACCAUCUGGGGUCAAGGCGCGCGCUCCAAGACUCAAGACAACGCCGGGAAAAUCAUCCACGGAGAGGCGUCUGAGACAGAGCGACUGAUUCAUGCCUUUGGGCAGGAGAACCAGCAGACGGUGUUUGACUGGGAUGCGCACUACGGCGAAGGGUUCGAUGUUGUCAACUUUGUCACAGUCACCAAUUCAGCCAAGGUCGUUCUCACCGGCGAUGAGGUUUCGAAUCUCCAGGUUCUCCUGUGCCUUGUCGAAAAUGGAAUUCGUUAUGAUGUAUUGCAAUCCGCGAGUGACCUCCCGCCUUCAGUCCGAGAGACUCUCGAUCCCUCACCUGGCGACGAUGUACCGAUAUACCUCGACUCCGACGACAAAACCUGCAUUUCCGGAAGUAUCAACAUACUAACCCAUAUUGGCACCCAUCGCCGGGCCCAGGAUACCCCUGACCCAAGCAUACCCAUAAACGACUCCGGACCGCAGGACCGCCUGGAGCGUGCAGGCAAACUCCUCGACGCUUGGCGCACUAUUGUUAGUCGUCCGCCAUCUCCAUCUACGGAGGAUCUGUUGGUUUCUCUCGAACCCCUCACACCACAUCUUGACUUCGUUGCAUCUUUCCUUCCGGCGGGCCAGACAUAUAUAUCUGCUCCAAUCACCUUUGGAAUCGACGACUGUGCGUUUUGGCCGGUGCUGCGGAGCAUUGCGCUGGACAACAAGGGGAAGAUGCUGCUGGAUCGAUACCCUGCGUUGGUAGGGUACUACUGGAAAGUAGGAAGGCGGGCCUGUGUGAAGAGCGUGUUGGAAGAGAUGAAGGCCCGUGUCUGA